UACCGUGGCCCUGCGGGGGUGCGGGCCCUGGCCCAGUUGCACCCCCUGCUCCCCCAGUAUUUACGCCCCUGGGCCUUUCUGAGGAUAGGAAGUUUAGGAACUAGUCGCUACUGUAUAGAAUGGUCUAAUUCCUAUCCUUUCUUAGUACCGCACCACUGCAUUAGGUCCUUUCUAGGGAUAGGAACUAGCUCACUGCCAUGUGAAUCGGCUAUUUCCUAUCCACUAGACUCGGGACGGUCCUUUCUGAGGAUGGGAAAUAGUCAACCAAGAUCUUAUCACAUGCGUCAUAUCCCGCCCUUCGUGAGGGUUGUCGACCAAUCAAAGUUCGCUAUUAUCGCCUCUCCUAUCCCGUGGGAAAGUUUGCUUCAUAUUGAGCCGUGUUGGGUGCCUUCAUUUGUCUGUGGAAACGUGUUCGUCAGCAGGGAGGAAGGAUUGAUCCUGUGCCGGAAAAUGGCAAAGAGCAAAUUCGAGUACGUGAGGAACUUCGAGGUUCAGGACACUUGCCUCGGGAACUGCUGGGUGGUGGUCAGAGUGGAUGGGCGAAACUUUCACCGCUUUCAGAUGGGGGUCACUGACCCCAUCCAAGAAAACAAAUCCUCGUUAAGGUUUGCCGAGCAGCAUAAUUUCACCAAACCCAACGAUGUCCGUGCUUUGCAGCUCAUGAAUCGUUGUGCUCAGAAUGUCAUGGAAGAGUUGGAUGCUAUCUGCCUGGCCUUUGGGCAAAGUGACGAAUACAGUUUUGUCUUCCACAAGAAAUCCAACUGGUAUAAAAGGAGAGCGAGCAAGUUUAUGACCCACGUGGUCUCGCAGUUUGCCUCCAGCUAUGUUUUCUACUGGAAGGAAUACUUCCCGGAUGUGCCAAUCCUCUAUCCACCAGGAUUUGAUGGGAGAGUUGUCCUGUACCCAAGUGAACAGAACCUUAAAGAUUAUCUGAACUGGAGACAGGCUGACUGUCACAUCAACAACCUGUAUAAUACCACAUUCUGGUCCCUCGUACAUAAAGGAGGUUUAACACCUGUACAGGCGCAGAUCCGAUUGAAGGGAACACUUGCUGCAGAGAAGAAUGAAAUCUUAUUUUCAGAUUUCAACAUCAACUACAAUAAUGAGCCACUGUUGUACAGGAAAGGUUCUGUCCUUAUAUGGCAGAAGGUGAAUGAAGUGAGCAAGAAAAGAAUCAAACUUCCCAAUGAGGCAGAUGAGAAGGAGGUUGAGGUGUCCCGCUGGCGAAAUGAAAUUGUUGAAUUGCACUGCGAUAUCAUUGGAGACCAGUUUUGGGAGGAGCAUCCAUCCAUUCUUUCAGAUGCCUGUUAACUUUUAUUACAAAGUCUGUUUUGCUGUUUAUUUUAUUUGCACCCCCUCCAAGUAUAAAAGAGUUAAGAAAGCACCUAGACUUGUGAUGAAAAUGCCACAAUUUAAACUCUAAUAGCAUGCCCUAGUAUAUAUGUAAAUAUUUUCAUACUGUAAAAAAUCUAAACAUUGCUGAAGCCUGCAUCACACCCAGUUCUAAGACAAGAAAAAUUUAUUUGCAGGGUAAAUCUGUUCAGAAUUCUCAGAGCUGUGCAUUGUACAGCGAGUGACAGUUACAUUGUAUUUACUUUUGUGUUAAAAUAUAAUAAAGGGAAAAAUAGCCCUUAGUCUAAAGGGUUUCACAACACAGAAGAAAUGUGGCCAUGAUCCUUGUUUAUAGGUAAACUUAGAUAAUUGAUGUAUAUUGCAAAGUUGCUUGAAAUUGUUUACUUUUCAAAAAGCUUGUUAUGUUUUUGUGGAGUUCACCUUUAAAUUGUAUUUGUGAGCUUGUUUUUUUGCACUUUGUCCAAAUAUUGUAAAUGUGCCCAUAGAUAUCCAAGGACAUUAAUACAGGGAGAGAUCUGGUUAAAAUAUUUUGGUAAUAAAAGUAGCCCUGUCUUGAAUAAUGA